AAAUGAUUAAAAAUAUUGUUAUUCAUAAUACAUGUAAAUAUAAUUUGAUCAUUAUUUAUAGCAGAUGUAUAUAAAGGAUAAGCAUCAAAAUAUGUAAUUUUGUACUAAUAAAAUGAAAUUUAUUACAAAAUAUUUUAAGAAACCAAUAAAUUAAUAAUUACUUGAUGGUAAACGCAAUAUUGUCGGUGAAACUUCGAAAAGAUACCAUACAAAAUGGAUAAUAAUAAAGAACGGGAGCAAUGAUGACAAUAUUAAUUAAUUUUUAUAUUAAGAGAUAAAAAAAAGAAGACGAUUUUAAAAUUUAAAAAUAUAAAAAAAAAUUAAUAAAAAAUUUUUAUUUUUUUAAAAAUUCCAAAAUAGAAUUAUGCAAAAUAAUGUUAACACAAGCGAUAACUUGCUAAAACUUCAUUUUGUUAGUAAAUUAUUACAAUAUGAAGUUAUAUUUUUCAUUUAUUUUAAUUUUAUUAAUAUGGAUAAACAAAGUACAAAUGAUCAAAGCCAAUACAUCAAGUAUAAUUUGUGGUUCAAUACGGGAUCUUACACCUGCACAACGCAAAAUAUGUUCAAGAGUCCCAGAUGCAACAAUAGCUUUAAGUACAGGUUAUCAUAUGGGAGCAGAAGAAUGCAAUCAUCAAUUUCAAGGUUACCGUUGGAAUUGUACACAUGUUUGGAAAGAAAAUUAUUUCAAUCAUGUUAUAUCUAUAGGAACAAGAGAAACUGCAUAUACUUACGCAAUUACAAGUGCCGGAGCUGUAUAUGCUAUAGCAGAAGCAUGUGCAAAAGGUAAAAUAUCUUCAUGUGGCUGUGAUCAUCCAGAACGUCAUUUAAGUAGUGAAUAUAAAAAUUAUCGAAUUUAUGCACCGCAUGGUUUUGCAACCGAUGAUCAACCAUAUACUGAAUACGCUUUUAAUAAUACGGAUUAUAUUGGUACAUAUUAUCAAAAGGCAAAACAUCGUGAUAGACAUAAUCCAGAAAGAUUUUUAGAUGCUGAUCAACCAUGGACAUGGGGUGGAUGUUCUCAUGAUGUUGGUUUUGGUAUGAGAUUUGCUAAAAAAUUUUUUGAUGCACGUGAAGUUGAUAAUGAUGCUAGAACUUUAAUGAAUUUACAUAAUAAUAAAGUUGGUAGAAAGAUAGUUAAAAAUCGCUUAAAAGUUGAAUGCAGAUGUCGUUAUGGAGCAUGUGGUGUAAAAACAUGUUGGAAAGAAUUACCAUCCUUUAGAGAAAUUGGAGAUGCUAUUAUGCAAAGAUAUCAUAAUGCUAGACAAGUUAGAGCUGUAAUAGAUAAAAAAACAAAUAAAUUAACUUUAGUAAUUCAUAGAUUGGAAAAUUAUCGGGUUGGAUUACCACCAAAGACCAUGGAUCUAGUUUUUCUUAAUUCAUCACCAACAUUUUGUGAUAUAAAUUUAGAAUAUGAUUCACAUGGUACACAUGGAAGAAAAUGUAAUCAUACUUUAUUAGAUGUUGGUAGUUGUAAUUUAAUAUGUUGUGGAAGGGGCUAUAAUACAAAAAUAAUUUAUUCAACAUUUAAAUGCAAUUGUAAAUUUGUAUGGUGUUGUUCGGUUAAAUGUGACGUUUGUCAUAGAUUACGUGAAGAGAGUUAUUGUAAAUAAUAUUAUUUAAUUUAAUAUUAAGUAGCAAUUAGUAGUGUACCUACAUAAACAUACAUACAUAUUAUAUAAAGAGAGAAAAUAUAAAUUAUUCUAUUGUAAAUAAUAAAUUUUUUAAUGCAAACAAUAAUUAUAAUUUCUUCUUUUAAUUUUCCAUAUUGUAACUUGUAUGUAGUAUUAUUGUUAGAGGAAAAUGAAAAAUAUAACCUAAAACUUAUUUCAUACUUGUUGUAUUUAAUUUUAAA